GCUUCGACUUUCUUUUCCCCCACAUAUUAUUAAUUUAAUAACUUACUUAUAAAAAUGUCUGCUCCAACGUAUGUCACCUACCUUUAAUAGAACAGAAUGGCAAUUGAUGGAUAUGAGGGCAAGGACGAAGUAUUGCUCCAAUGCCAUUGGCGAUCCAUGAUUGGAAGGUAAUGGCAGCACGGAACCGGUUGUGGAGACAAUCUUCAAAACGCUGUCUGGUCAGCUUCCGUAAAGAUCCCAUCAUGCAUUGCCGUUGCUUUCCAGCUGUCAACCUCAUCAAUUGGAGCCCUCUGGGUGCGGCCUUUCGCCGCCCUCCGGGAAAUUUCUCAACCCUGUUCUUGUACUAACGUCUCUAGUGGUGAUAUUGGUUUAAUCGGUUUGGCCGUUAUGGGUCAAAACUUGAUUUUGAACGCUGCUGAUCACGGUUACACCGUCGUCGCCUACAACCGUACUGUCAACAAGGUCGACCACUUCAUGGAAAACGAAGCCAAGGGCAAGUCCAUCAUCGGUGCUCGUUCCAUCGAAGAACUCGUCUCCAACUUGAAGUCCCCAAGAAGAAUCAUUAUUCUUGUCAAGGCCGGUAGCCCAGUCGAUGCCUUCAUCGACCAAUUGGUGCCAUACUUGGACAAGGGUGACAUCAUCAUCGACGGUGGUAACUCCCACUUCCCGGACACCAACAGAAGAUACGAGGAAUUGAAGGCCAAGGACAUCUUGUUUGUCGGUUCCGGUGUUUCCGGUGGUGAGGAAGGUGCCAGAUACGGCCCAUCCUUGAUGCCAGGUGGUGCCAAGGAGGCCUGGCCACACAUCAAGGAGAUUUUCCAGUCCAUUGCUGCCAAGUCCGACGGCGAGCCAUGCUGCGACUGGGUCGGUGAUGCCGGCGCCGGACACUACGUCAAGAUGGUCCACAAUGGUAUCGAGUACGGUGACAUGCAAUUGAUCAGUGAGGCCUACGACUUGAUGAAGCGCGUUGGUGGCUUUUCCUCCAAGGAGAUUGGCGAGGUCUUUGCCCAGUGGAACAAGGGGGUUUUGGACUCUUUCUUGAUUGACAUCACCAAGGACAUUUUGGCGUUCGACGACGUCGACGGCAAGCCAAUGGUUGAAAAGAUCUUGGACUCUGCUGGCCAAAAGGGUACCGGUAAGUGGACCGCCAUCAACGCUUUGGACUUGGGUAUGCCAGUUACCCUCAUUGGUGAGGCUGUCUUUGCCAGAUGCUUGUCGGCCUUGAAGGAAGAGAGAGUUCGUGCCUCCAAAGCCUUGGCGGGUCCACAAGUGUCCAAGAUCACCGACAAGAAGCAGUUCGUCGACGACUUGGAACAGGCUUUGUACGCCUCGAAGAUCAUCUCUUACGCCCAGGGGUUUAUGUUGAUCCGUGAGGCCGCCAAGGAGUACAAGUGGGAGUUGAACAACGCUGCUAUUGCUUUGAUGUGGAGAGGUGGCUGUAUCAUCAGAUCUGUCUUCUUGGGUGAAAUCACCUCUGCCUAUAGAGCGACCCCAGACUUGGAGAACUUGUUGUUGCAGCCUUUCUUCAAGAAUGCCAUCACCAAGGCUCAGUCCGGUUGGAGAAACACCAUCGGCGAAGCCGUCAAGUCCGGUAUCCCAACCCCAGCCUUCUCUACCGCCUUGGCGUUCUACGACGGUUACAGAUCCGCGAGCUUACCAGCCAACUUGUUGCAGGCCCAGCGUGAUUACUUCGGUGCCCACACCUUCCAGGUCUUGCCAGAGGCCGCCUCCGCGACCUUGCCAGCCGGCCAGAGCAUCCACGUCAACUGGACGGGUAAGGGUGGUAACGUUUCUGCCUCCACCUACGACGCCUAAGCGAGUGUGAAUGAGUAUAUUCUGUAUCUUUUAACAUUAAUGUAGA